AUGAGGUUACUCGCUUUGAUCUUAGCCUGUUCCACACUUGGUUACGCUUUUAAACCAAAAAAUCCAAUGAAGACCAAAAAAUACAAAUGUAUUGAGGUUGAUGAUGAUAUGGAAAUUCAAAUAGUUCCGAAAAAGCCAUCAUUCGAACCCAUGGAAAGCCCGGACGAGGAAAUGCGUCUGAUUGGAUCGGCAAGCAUAGCAAGGCCACCUAUGGAAGAGGAAUUCUCAUUGCCAGUGGCGCAUAAGGUCCCUGUCAAGCAACACGUUCCUAAGAUUGUUCCGGGUCCACGCAAUAAUCAGGAUGUUCCACGCGAUAAACAAGGGCGACCACUUAUUUUAUCACCAUCGCAUUGUCAGCAGGUGAAAAAUUACGCCAAUCAAUAUGGUGUAACAGACGUGCUCAGUUGGGUGGAACGAAAUUGCACGUUCGCCAAGAUGUUCCUUCCCACGGCUACCUGUGAAGAUAUAAACACACUUGUGGCUUCGUGCUACAAAAUGAAAUAUCUCUGA